AUGUCGCAAGUCGUUUUCGUUUGCGGUGCUACUGGUAAUCAGGGAAGUGCCUUUAUUGAACACAUUCGUCAACAUGGGAUCAAAGUUCAUGCAAUCACACGAGACCUCACAUCUCCCGCGGCCCAGAGACUCCAAUCUCAAGGUGUCUCCAUCAUGGAAGGCAAUUUCGACAACCAAGAAAGCCUAAAGAAAAGCAUGUCUGGCUGUACAACUCUUUUCCUGAAUCUAUCACCCAGUCUCACCAAUCCCCCCGCUGAAAUCGAGCAAGCCAAACAAGUACUUGCCAUCGCCAAACAAGUCGGUAUCCAGCACGUCAUCUACACAACUGCCCUCGGCACCAGUAAUCCCGAGGCCCUUAAGCACUGGGAUCCAAACAGUCUUGUCGGAACGGCUCUUACGGGAAAGAAAACCAUCGAGGACGAAGUUCGAAAUGCGGGUUUCCAAGCCUGGACUAUUUUGCGACCGGGAAACUUCAUGGUCAAUUAUCUCUUCCCAUUGGUACAGAUGUACCAAGGGCUUGUCGAGACUAGAACAUUUACCACGGCGUACUCAAAGGAAACAGUGCUCCCCAUGGUCGACCCGAACGAUAUUGGCAAGUUUGCUGCUGCUGCAGUCCUUGACCCUAUCAAGUUCAAUCAAAAGGAGAUUGAGAUUGCCUCUCAAAUGAUGGGGAUUGAAGCUGUUUUGAAGGACAUCUCCGAGGCAACUGGAAAAGAGUACCAAGUGGUCUACCUUUCAGAAGAGGAGAUCAAGGAACAAAUUCAGACAAAUCCUUUCAUACAUGUUCAGCUUGUCAUGCGCGAUCUUUCGCAAUUUGUGGAUAUGGAGAGGUUGAAGGAAUGGGGCAUCGAAUUGGGCACUUUCCCACAGUUCUUGGAGCGAGAGAAGGACCGAGUUGUGAAGACCUACUUGUCGACAAACCGAUAG